UCCAAAAACUUGCUUACCUACUUUCUAGAUCGAUCCCCGUCUCCAAUGGGCUUGAUUGAGGAGUUGGAAAUAGAUGCCGAUCACCUUUCUCCACAGUUAAGCGACUUCAUUCCAAGAAAUGUGGAUGGCGAAGAAUCCAAGUAAGUAUUCUGUGCUUCCUUGAGAAAUAAUUUUCUGAAAAAAAAACCAAGAAUAUUCAACGGCCAAUUUUGUAAUUACAGCGUAAUUGUUUCGAAUGGAAGACCCACUCAAAUUCUGUGGCGAAUGUUUGAAAAGCGUGGGAAGUUCAAUGCUAAAUGUUUGUACUGUGAUAAAGAUUACAAGACACCAAACCAGGCAACCACUACACUUUGGCAUCACCUCCGGAAAAAACACAUGGUUGAGCUGGCAAGGAUUGAAGGCCAAUUCAACGUGCCCAAGCCCACUGCAACGAUAUAUGCUCACGAUAGUGCCAAAAAGAUGAACUUAGACCAAUCCCUGUGUCUCAUGGUUGUCAAGGACUUACAACCGUUAUCCUUCGUUGAAGACGAGGGAUUCAAGAAAUUUUGUCAUUCGCUUGACCCUCGCUACACUCUACCUUCAAGACGAACUCUAUCGGAAGUGCAUAUUACAAAUAUGUUUUCCGACGUUCAAGAAAAACUGAUUAUCUACCUUCAUCGGGCCAAUUGGGUAUCCAUUACAACAGAUAUGUGGUCUUCGGUAAAUUGCACUGGAUUCCUUGCAAUAACGGUCCACUUCUUUGACGAACAGACUUGGUCACUCCAAUGUUUCAUAUUGGAUUGUCUAAGAGUUCGAGGCCGUCACACCUCCGAAAAAAUUGCCACCGAAAUUCGUAUGGUCUUGGAGCGGAACAAAAUAAUGGACAAGGUUAUCGUGGGAGUUAACGACAAUGGAGCAAAUGUGGUGAAGGCGAUACGAGACAUUGGUAUUACCCAUGUGGCAUGUUAUGCCCAUUCUUUGAACUUGGUGGCCAACUAUGCACUAAGAGAAGUACCCUCUCUUUGCGCUAUUAAAGACGCUGCCUCAAAAAUAGUGGAGCAAACCAGGAAGAGCACCCAAGUAAUGGAAUUAUUCGAGAGGAUACAGCAAGAUCAAGGCCGAACUAGGCCGAAGAAAUUGAUCCAAAACGUGCCAACGAGAUGGAAUUCCACCUUCGAAAUGCUCGAGCGACUUCUAGACCUGAAGGGUCCAGUCUCAACCUUGCUUACCGAGCCAGGGAUGCGGGAGAAGGUGGGAAUUUUCGACUCUAAUACGUGGCAAGGUAUUUUCGACGCGGUGCGAGUUCUCAAACCACUUUUUGAAGCCACGGUGGAGCUAUCUAGCGAGAAUAGGACAACGGGGUCCAAAAUAGUGCCCAUAACAAAGAUGCUCAUUACAAACUACGACAUCUUUGUUCAAAAUUCAGUCCCUGGUACUGUGAGGCACGAUCUGGCCAAGGCCAUCAAACAAAACUUGGUUCGUCGUUUCACAUCUGUCGAGGAUAACGUCAAGCUUUCCAUCUCGACAAUAUUAGAUCCCCGUUUCAAAACCAAAUGCUUCAGAGAUGAAACGAGAGGCACGUUCGCCACCGAUCAAAUUCAAGCCGAAUUGUUGGAGGUCAAUCGCCAAGAGCCCGUUCGUCCAAAGAGAUGUUCGCCACCAGUCCACUCAUCACUGUGGGAGACAUUUGAUUCAAAGGUUGUUGAAGAAAGGCCAGCGCUUUUGGACUUGCAAUGCUACUUGAAUUCCCCAUGCCAACCAAGGUGGACCAAUCCACUAGAUUGGUGGAAACAAAUCGGGCGCGAAAAACAUCCAGAGUUGUUCCAAAUAGUCAAGAAAUAUUUGUCCAUUCCCGCCACAUCCGUGCCGUCAGAGAGGGUUUUUUCUUCGGCUGGACAAAUCCUCUCAAAGAAGAGAAACCGCUUGGGGGAUGAAAAUGCCAGAAAAAUGAUAUGCCUCCAUGGCAAUGUGGAUAUAAUUUGA